AUGGGACUGGUUGUUUAUCAGUUAGAACUACCUCCAAAGUUAGACCGUAUCCACGAUGUGUUUCACGUCUCAAUGUUGAAGCGCUACUGCUCUAAUCCCAUACAUAUUGUUCCUGUAGAGGAGGUUGAGGUUCGACCAGAUCUGACAUUCGAGCAGGAGCCGGUUCAGAUUCUGGAUCGCGAUGUUAAAGUUAUGAAGAGAAAAUCUAUUCCUUUUGUAAAGAUGUUGUGGCAGAAUCAUAGUACUGAGGAGGCUACAUGGGAGCUUGAGGAUGCAAUGCGCCAGCACUAUCCUCAUCUGUUCUGA